UUACUAUUUGCUGGUGGGUUUUCUUAUCACAUUUUGAUUUGUGUAAAAUUCUACCGCCUGUUGAAAUAAAUAUAUUAAAUUGUAAUUACGCAAAUUUGCCAGUAGCAUUUAAAUUACCAAUCUGUGUAAAGUUCCUCACAAUAAGAGAAUAAACUCGGAAAAAUGAGCAGUGUUUAUGAAGGUUACAAAUCACCGCUUAGCACACGCUAUGCCAGCAAAGAAAUGCAAUAUUUGUUCAGUGACCAAAAUAAAUUCUCCACCUGGAGGCAACUAUGGAUUUGGUUAGCCGAAGCUGAAAAGACUUUAGGUCUAGAUAUUUCCGAUGAGCAAAUAGCUGAAAUGAAGGCCAAUGUCAAGAAUAUAGAUUUUGAAGCUGCUGCGGCCGAGGAACGUUUAACACGUCACGAUGUUAUGGCCCAUGUACAUGUAUUUGCCAAACAAUGUCCACUUGCUGCCCCUAUCAUUCAUUUGGGUGCAACCUCCUGUUAUGUAGGCGACAAUACAGAUCUGUUGAUUUUGCGUGAUGCUUUGGAUCUUCUGUUGCCUCGUGUAGCUUCGGUAAUUUAUUGUCUUAAAGAGUUUGCUUUGAAAUACAAGUCUCAACCAACUUUGGGUUUUACUCACUUGCAACCCGCCCAAUUGACAACUGUUGGCAAACGUGCCUGCCUUUGGAUUCAAGAUUUGGUCAUGGAUGAACGUGCCUUACGACGCUGUCGUGAAGAUUUGCGUUGUCGUGGUGUUAAGGGUACAACCGGCACUCAGGCAUCCUUUUUGCAACUUUUCAAUGGUGAUGGCGGUAAAGUGAAGGAGUUGGAUUUACUUGUGACUAAAUUAGCAGGAUUCCAAAAACCAUAUGGAGUAACCGGCCAAACCUACACUCGAAAAGUUGAUGUUGAAGUUAUGGGUGCAUUGGCCAGUUUGGGAACUAGUAUACACAAAAUGUGCUCAGAUUUGAGAAUUUUAGCUUCACGUAAAGAACUUGAAGAACCAUUUGAAACAACCCAAAUUGGCUCAUCGGCUAUGCCUUACAAGAGAAAUCCCAUGCGUUCGGAGCGUUGCUGUGCUUUGGCUCGUCAUCUCAUUACCUUGUUCUCCAAUGCCGCUAAUACGCAUGCCACACAAUGGCUGGAACGUACUCUAGACGAUUCGGCCAACCGCCGUUUGACUUUGUCGGAAUCCUUCCUGUCGGCAGAUGCCGCACUUCUAACACUGUUGAACAUUUCUCAGGGUAUGGUGGUAUAUCCCAAGGUGAUUGAGCGUCAUAUAUCCCAAGAGUUGCCUUUUAUGUCUACCGAAAAUAUUAUUAUGGCUAUGGUUAAGGCUGGCGGUGAUCGUCAGGUCUGUCAUGAAAAAAUCCGAGUGCUUUCUCAUCAAGCCGGCGCUCAAGUUAAACAACAUGGUAAAGACAACGAUUUGGUAGAACGUGUCCGCAAUGACCCUUACUUUGCUCCCAUUCUACACCAAUUAGAUGAAAUUUUGGAUGCUAAAACAUUUACUGGACGUGCCAGUGAUCAAGUUGAUGAAUUUGUAGCCGAAGAAGUCGACUGUGUUCUGGAUCGUUAUAAAGAGAAUUUGAAAAACAUCCAAAUUGUUCAAUUAAAUAUUUAACUGAAUUAAAAAAGUAAUAUAUAAUCAAUGUAAGCUAAGCUAAAUUGAUGAAUAAAAUCAACUUUUGUAAGUUUUUUUGUAAGCUCAAUA